AGAGCGGUGAGCCUGCUUCCGUUGAUUAGUCUGAUUUAAAAACAUUGUAUUCGGGUGUAAAACGCUCCAAAAUGACAAGAUUACCUCAUUCAAUCUUGAUGUUCGGGGUGCUGCUCGCUGCGGCGGUGACCUCGGCUGAUGAGGGAGCGAGCGGAGACGCCGAGUACACGAUCGAAGGGAAACUCGCGAUUUCUCCUCAUCAAGACAAUUUCACAGACAUUCUGGAGGCCACCCAGAUUCUUGUUGACGGGGGUCAACAUAUAGGUUUCUUGAAAGACGAUUAUUCUUUCGAGAUACGGAACGUUGUUCCUGGAUCCUAUCUAGUCCAGGUUUCGCAUCCACUCAUCAAUUUCGAACCGGUCCGUGUGGACAUAUCCUCAAAGGGGGCGAAGAGAGCUCGCCGCGUUAAUAAUGUUCAGCCUCAUCUGAACAAUCACCUACCGUACCCACUGAAAAUCAAAGUUUUGGGUCUACAUAACUACUUUCAGCAGCGAGAAACGUGGAGCGCUACGGACUUCAUCUUCCAUCCGAUGGUAUGGACGAUGGGUCUUCCGGUGCUCCUCAUCAUGGUCUUGCCGAAAAUGAUGAGUGCCGAAGACAUGGCACAAACGCAACGUGAAGUCCAGCAAAUGCAGAAUGCAGCUCGAAUGCCGGCAGUUCCGGAGCUCAGCGAGAUGAUGACAUCUUUCCUCGGGCAGCGACCGCCUCAACGAGGGGGCGCGAGUAACACCAACAAUCGGAACCGAAAUGAGCGCAUAAGACACGAUUAGACGUAGGGCAAUUUUAUGAUCUCUACCUCUCAAAAAUGUAUUGAAUAAAUUAUCCAUGGUUG